AUGUCCGCACCGUUCCAGAAGCUGAUGAUGGCCUUAUUUCCAGGCGGCAGUGGAGCAUUCGGUCAUUUCGAGACCACUAAUGACAUGUCAUCAAUUUGUAAAGCGCACUUUUUACGCGGCUCCGCGAUCAUGGGACCCCCAAAGGUUGGAGAAACCAACAUGGCUAUGGUUGCCAUACAUUCAAGUGGGUGGGUAAACCAGGAAGGCGAAUAUGUGUACGUGAAGUACCAUUUCCUUGCAGAUGAUGGACAGCGCCAGUUCACUCGGAGCGAAGCUGUUCAGAUGAGCGGUGAGGAUCCAGAUUACUCCAAGCGUGACCUGUGGUCGGCCAUCGAGAACGGGGAAAAGAUCUCUUGGACAGCCUAUGUGCAAGUAAUGAAGCCAGAAGAGGCAGAUGCUACCAAGUUGAAAUUCGACCCUUUCGACGUGACAAAAGUUUGGCCUAGGGCCCUCUUCCCAAUGCAUGAGCUUGGCAAGCUUAUUCUUGAUAAGAAUCCUGAGAAUUUCCACGGACGUUGA